AGGUUAUUAUUACUUUCCGGAAAUAUUGCUAAGAACAUGCAAGAGUAGCUGCAAGUGUUUGUAACUUCUAUACAUAAAACUAAUUAUUUACACAUAAAUAGAACAUAAAAUGGGUCAUACAAGUCUGGAAAAAAUUAUUGCACUACAGAAGAAAACUGAAAAUAUUAGAAAUAUUUGUAUUUUGGCACACGUGGAUCAUGGAAAAACAACAUUAGCCGACUGCCUCAUUUCUAGCAAUGGUAUUAUAUCAAGUCGCCUCGCAGGAAAGCUGAGGUACCUGGACAGCAGGGAGGAUGAACAGAUUCGAGGAAUUACAAUGAAGUCUAGUGCCAUCUCCCUGCACUUCAGUACAGGGGAACAGGAGUACCUUAUCAAUCUAAUAGACUCCCCAGGGCAUGUUGACUUUUCUUCAGAAGUAUCAACUGCAGUCCGACUUUGUGAUGGGGCCAUUAUUGUUGUGGAUGCCGUUGAAGGUGUCUGUCCUCAGACGCAAGUAGUACUGCGACAGGCUUGGUUGGAAAAUAUUCGUCCAGUCUUAGUAAUCAAUAAAAUUGACAGACUGAUAGUUGAAUUAAAACUGACUCCUCAGGAAGCUUACAUACAUUUGCAGAAACUCCUGGAACAGAUUAAUGCUGUCACUGGGGCACUUUUUACAUCUAAGGUAUUUGAAGAACGGGCUGAGAAAGAAACUGAAACUCAGUCUUCAUCUGCUGAUGGAGAUCAGGUGUAUGACUGGAGUGUAGGUCUGGAAGAAACUGAUGACUCGCAACUUUACUUUUCACCUGAUCAGGGAAAUGUAGUAUUUGCAAGUGCUAUAGAUGGAUGGGGCUUUAGCAUUGAUCAUUUUGCCCACCUUUAUAGUCAGAAGGUUGGCAUCAGGUCCGAUGUGCUGCGGAAGACCCUGUGGGGCGAUUAUUAUUUGAAUACGAAAGUGAAGAGGAUUAUGAAAGGAGCACAGGCAAAAGGGAAAAAGCCACUUUUUGUUCAGCUUGUAUUGGAGAACAUUUGGAGUCUUUAUGAAGCAGUUACUCAAAGAGAAAAAGAAAAAAUCGAAAAGAUAAUCAACUCUUUGGGGUUGAACAUUUCUUCUAGAGAUUUGCGUCAUUAUGACCCUAAAGUUCACCUUAAUGCAAUCUGUAGUCAGUGGCUACCACUAUCGAAGGCUGUACUCUCAAUGGUCUGUAACAAAUUGCGUAGUCCUUUAGAUAUUUCUGCUGAGAGAGUGGAAAAACUUAUGUGUGCAAUGCUCCGAAGGUUUGAUUCCUUACCCUUUGAGACGCAAGAGCUGAAAAGGGCCUUUAUGGAAUGCAGGAGUGAUGAUACAGCCCCUGUUAUUAUCUUUGUCUCUAAAAUGUUUCCAGUGGAUCCAAAAUUCUUACCACAGAAGAAACAAAGGCCUUUAACUUUAGAAGAGAUUACUCAAAGAAGGGAUUUGGCUCGAAAACGACAUGCAGAGAAGCUUCUGGCAUAUCAGGGGCAGCAGUCUUCAGAGCAAACCCUUAUGGAAGACGGACCUAAAACAGAUUCAGAUGGUGAAAGCAUAAUGGGAAGUGUACAACAGCAGUCUAUCACUGAACAGGAAACCCUACCCCAAAAAACAGAAACUGAAGUGGAAGAAAAGGAACAUUUUGUUGCUUUUGCAAGGGUCUACAGUGGUUUGAUAAAGCGAGGUCAGAAGGUGUUUGUUCUGGGCCCCAAAUACAACCCAGCAGAAGCUGUGAAUAAGUUACCUCUAGGGUGUGCUCCUACAGAUGGCUUUCCACCCAUACCUCACAUGGCUUGUUGCACUCUGGAAGAUCUCUUCUUGCUGAUGGGACGAGAGCUGGAAGAUCUACAGGAAGUACCUGCAGGCAAUGUGUUAGGUAUAGGUGGUUUAGAGGACUAUGUACUGAAGUCAGCGACCUUGUCAACGUCUCUCGCAUGCCCACCAUUUACUCCUUUGAAUUUUGAAGCCACACCUAUUGUACGUGUUGCUGUGGAACCGAAGCAUCCAAGUGAGAUGCCACAGCUGGUGAGAGGGAUGAAGCUGUUGAAUCAAGCGGACCCAUGUGUAGAGGUUCUGAUCCAAGAAUCUGGAGAGCAUGUGAUGGUUACUGCAGGGGAAGUCCAUCUCCAGCGCUGCCUUGAUGAUUUGAAACAAAGGUUUGCAAAAAUUGAAAUUACAGUUUCUGAUCCCAUAAUUCCAUUUAGAGAAACAAUAAUUCGUCCUCCGAAAGUAGAUGUGGUGAAUGAAGACAUAGGAAGACAACAGAAAGUUGCUGUCAUACAUCAAGUAAAACAGGAGCAAAAUAAACUCCCAGAAGGUGUUGUGGUGGAUUCUGAUGGAUUAAUAACCAUGAACACUCCAAAUAAACUAGCUACUAUUAGUGUGAGAGCAAUGCCACUCCCUGAGGAACUGACACAACUUUUGGAAGAAAAGAGCGAUUUAAUUCGUACUAUGGAACAACUCAACCUUUCUUUGAAAGAAGGUGGGGAUUCCCAUGCAAUCAGCCAAAAAACCCUUGAGGAUAUCCAGGAAUUUAGGAAUAUGCUUGAUCAGCAUUUCAAAGGAAGAAGGUGGCGAAAUGCCACAGAUCAGAUUUGGGCAUUUGGCCCACGACGUUAUGGGCCUAAUAUUCUGCUGAAUAGAAUAGAAGGUCACCAGAGGCCAUCUGUUUGGUACUGCCUCAAGCAAAAAACUGAAGAAUCUGUAAUCUAUCGUGAUUUUGGUAACAGCAUUGUAAGUGGGUUUCAGUUAGCUACCCUUUCAGGACCUAUGUGUGAAGAGCCACUGAUGGGUGUUUGUUUUGUUUUAGAGAGAUGGGACUUGAGCAAACAGUUAACACAGGUGCAUAGUCAGGACUCUGUCGAACAAGAUGAGACACAAGAAUUGCAGCAGAUAAAGGAUGAGAUUUCUGAAACGGAAAAUAGCACAUUAGUCCCAGAAGAUCAAACAAACAAUGGCAAAAGACAGGAAAAUAUCCCAUAUCCUGGGAGAACUCCUAAUAGUACACAUAGAGAAGUGUCUGAUUGUUAUGGCCCCUUCUCUGGACAACUGAUAGCCACCAUGAAGGACGCCUGUAGAUACGCUUUCCAGGUUAAGCCACAACGACUUAUGGCAGCUAUGUACACUUGUGAAAUAAUGGCCACUGCAGAAGUACUGGGUCGUGUCUAUGGUGUUCUUUCAAAACGAGAAGGUAGAGUGCUGCAAGAAGAGAUGAAAGAAGGGACCGACGCCUUCAUUAUUAAGGCAGUGCUGCCAGUAGCCGAGAGCUUUGGCUUUGCUGAUGAAGUCCGGAAGCGAACAAGUGGCUUGGCUAGUCCACAGCUGGUAUUUAGCCAUUGGGAGGUAAUUUCAAGUGAUCCUUUCUGGGUGCCCACAACAGAAGAAGAGUAUUUACACUUUGGUGAGAAAGCCGACUCUGAAAACCAAGCACACAAGUACAUCAAUGCAGUGCGUAAACGGAAAGGAUUGUAUGUGGAAGAAAAAAUUGUGGAAUAUGCUGAGAAACAGAGAACCCUUAGCAAAAAUAAGUGAUUGCCUGCAGUUGCCAUUAUGUCAGAAACAUGCAAUUUAUACAUGGAAAAUGUCUUACAAGCUCAAAAAUAAUAUCUUCCAAGACAUUUUCAAUAGUUGAUCUUUAAUUUUAGUAAGUUCUGACUCCUGGCUCUUUGUAGUAUAUGUUUUUAUUCUGCAUGCAGAAUUGAAAAGACCAAGGAACAAUCACAUUAGUUUACUGUAUGUGUUUUCACUGUCAGAUGGAGAUAAGUAGAUAUUUAAUCUUGAAAAGAGUCAUUAAAGAAGUUCAGAACCUU